AUGGUUUCUUCCCCUGCGAUACCCUGCUAUUCGUCAUAUUCUCGGACUACCUGGGAAUCUCGGAGCAGAGCGGUUACCAUCAAGCUCAGAUGUUUGGCAUCAACUUCAGCUUCCUUGCCUUCGGCUUCAAAUCCAAAAGUGGUGGUCACUAGAGAGCGCGGCAAAAACACCAAACUCAUCGAUGCUUUGGCAAAUCGCAGGAUUACCUGUCUAGAGCUGCCUCUAAUACAGCAUACUAAGUUAUCUGAUGUAGACAAGCUUUCUUCUCUAUUGAGCAGUAAUUCAUUUGACUGGAUCAUCAUAACUUCACCUGAAGCUGGCUUGGUUUUUCUUGAUGCUUGGAAAGCUGCAGGUACACCAAAAGUUACUGUUGGAGUUGUUGGAGCUGGUACCGCAUGUGUUUUUGAAAAAAUUCAGCCGUCUCUGAGACAAAGCCUGAACGUGGCUUUUGCGCCAUCAAAAGCUAUUGGCAAGGUUUUGGCAGUUGAGCUACCGGAUAACGGGAAUCCAAGAUGCACAGUUUUGUACCCUGCUUCAGCAAAAGCUAGCAAUGAGAUUGAGGAAGGCCUUACGAAGCGUGGAUUUGAGGUUACUAGACUGAACACAUAUACCACGGAACUUGUCAGCCAUGUGGAUGAAAUUGUUUUAGAACAAGCACUUUUAGCUCCUGUUAUCGCUGUAGCAUCUCCUUCUGCGAUUCGUGCAUGGGUGACCUUAAUACCAGAACCACAACGGUGGGAUAAUGCUGUUGCAUGUAUAGGGGAGACAACUGCGUUAGCAGCUAAAAAACUGGGAUUAAGGAAUGUGUAUUUUCCAGAAAAUCCAGGCAUUGAAGGGAAGGCGUCAACAGAGGUGUUUGGAGAUGCGGUGGCUUCUGGAUCCCUGCUCGCAGAUCCGUCAUCUCUAUGGAUCUGGAAGGGUCGUCGGCCCUCUUCAUCAGGCCUCAACCCCUUCAAACUUUCAAUCAAUCAUGUUCGUCCAUUUGAAGAAGAUCGCCAAGGUCAAGAGCUCGUACAAGAUUUCGGUCGUCGCAACAACCUCGAUUCCUCCAAAGAAACGGCGGCCGGAAAAAAACCGACGAUCCAUAAAUCGAUCAUGGAGAAGGCGAAGAAGAUGACGAAGAGGCUGAGCGAGGAAUAUCUUCCGGAGGAUGAUUUCCUAAAUUAUCGUCGGCGUCGUCUAAAGAUGGUUUCGGCGUCGCCAUAA